CUUUCUCCCUCUCUGUAGAAAGCGUGCUUCAAUGACAUCUCAGUUAGUGAUGUAAGGAAGCCUGUGUUGGUUUAUGAAGAUAUAGAAAUGGCUUUAUAUUCUUUGUUUCGAUCCGUCAGGACUGAAGUAGUCAAGGGAUGUCUCGCACAGCAUGCCCAGUCUCUCUACACCAGCUCCCCGAGUUUAGCAGCGGAGAAAACACUUCUCCUCAAAUUACGCAAAGCUACGGGCUACACCUUCAUCAACUGCAAAAAGGCACUGGAGAAAUUUAACAAUGACAUUACACAGGCAGAAAGCUGGCUCCAUGAACAAGCAAAAAAGGAGGGCUGGAGCAAAGCAAGCAAACUGGAAGGUCGGAAAGCCAGGGAGGGGCUGAUUGGUGUCAUUAAGGGUGAUAAUGCAGCUGUCAUGGUUGAGGUGAACUGUGAGACAGAUUUUGUUGCAAGAAAUGAGAAAUUUCAGCAGUUGGUGAAGGAUGUUGCUUUGUCAAUAAUGGCUAAUCUCGUCAGCAAAAAACAGACAGCGUAUCUUAAGAGUGAGCUGUCAGCUGAGGACAUGUCUAAGCUCCACAUUCCUGAGGGACCCUCCCUGGCAGAUCAGGUGGCUUUGACUAUAGGGCGUCUGGGUGAGAACAUUGGCAUGCGGCGAGCCGUAUCACUUGUUGUGCCAUCUGAUUGGCACAUUGGCUCAUAUGUUCAUGGAAUGGUUCCUGGGGAGGUUGGCAUUGAUAUGGGGCGCUAUGGAUCGCUAGUUGUGUUUCAAGGUGGACCAAAGGAAGGGACAGAUACUCUGGGAAGGAAGCUGGGGCAACAUAUAGUAGGUGAAGCACCUGUUUCUCUUGGCAACAUGGACGAUAUACCAUGUGGUGAAUCUGAGACGAGACUUUUGCCCCAGACCUUCCUCCCAGAUCCCAAAUACACAGUGGGACAGUACCUGACUUCGCAGGAUGCACGUGUACUAGACUUCAUACGUUUCAAAUGUGGAGAGAGCACCAGUCAGGAGGAGUGAGCAGAGCCAUUUGAAUGAGAAAAUAAACGGCUUGUAAAAAUAUGAAUUCUAUUCCCUGUAAUCUAUAAAAUGUAUGUCUCGUCAUCAACUUAGUUCAAAACUAUAUUUUCAGCAAAAUGCAUCUGAAAACUGACAUAUUACUGGUAAAACAACAGCUAAACUGCUGGUUCUGUGCCACCACAAAAAAUAAACAUUUUACAAU